AUGUCUGUCUCUGAAUUAUCUGUUGGAUGUAGAUUUGCGGAUUAUUUUGCAAUAUGUGGGCUAGACUUUGACUCUGGAUUGGAACCAGAUAGGCUGUGUGGCGACAAUCUUCAUGUAUCUCCCUUGGAUCGUUCCUAUAAGGGAAAAAUUUUAGCUCACUAUCCUGAAAAUAUAUCUAGUAAUCCUUUUGAUGAACAUGCAGCAUGUAUGCUUUGUCUCCCAGCAGGACUUCAGUUUAGGACACAGAAACAUUCAUUGGAACCUAAGUUUCAUAGUUUUGUAGUAACAAGAGAAAAUGCAUCUCGUUACUAUGGAUUCAGCCUUAUCUUCUAUGAAGAAGUUAGGAACAGAAACAUAUGUAGUGCCAUGCAUACAUUACAAGCAAUGUAUAUUACAGAAUUGUCUAGUGGCCAAACUCCCCCUGGACAUAGGAAAGCUUCAGGCAAAGAAAGUUCUAGAUCACUUCCAAGAUCAUUUAAACUCACCCCACAUACUGGUGCUGCACUCACAUACUAUGAUAUAGCCAAAGAUAAACUAUAUGUAGCCAAAAGUAUAGCUCUCAUAUGUCAAUAUCCAUAUGUGAGGGUUGCCCAGCUGUUUUUAGAAAAUUUAUUCAGAUCUCUACCUAGACAACCAGGCCCAGGGCUUAGCCCCGAGUCUUAUGUCUACAACUUGUUAUAUGAAGUUCCAGUGCCAUUGCCUGGUCAAGCUUUACGUUUAUAUGUGCCUCCUUCUGAACCACAUUUGGAUCCAAUUCCUGUUGUGAUAAGAAUGCCAAAUGUUCCUGAUGAGUUACCUCUUCUAGAUUAUCCGUUAAGGGUGAUGUUUUCGACUUUAGGUGUCGAAUGUGUUGUGCAGCUAUUCACAUGUGUUCUAUUAGAGCACCAAGUUUUGCUCCGGUCAAGCGAUUACAACAAACUAAUGCUGGUUGCAGAAUGUAUAGUAUCUUUACUCCUACCGUUUACUUGGGCGCAUGUUUAUGUUCCGAUACUUCCGGCGCCUUUGUACCACUUUCUCGACGCACCAGUGCCAUUCGUCAUGGGUCUCCAUGCAGACAGUGCAACUAUGAGCAUAGGUUCUGGGGGCCCGCGGAGCAUCGCUCUUGGCUCCGAAGCAGCUCUAUGUUUAGUAGAUAUUGACAAACCAGACAUACAGCUUCCUGAAGAACUACCGAUAUUUCCGCAUAGGACACCGUUUAUUGAAGAAUUGAAUCAUGUACUAGAUAAACACCAGAUUCAGAGACCAGAAACCGAACCGACUAAACUAGGCGUUCCUAUCAACGGCACUUCAUACAAACACAUGAAUGACAGCAUGAGCAGCAGCUGUACAUUACCAUCAGGUGGUCUUCGGCGCAAACACUCAUUCCAUGACGUGUUAGAGUGGGACGAAAACCGCCCCUUGAAUUCGUCACCUCCAGCCUCUCCUACGAGACGAGCGCCUUUACGUCUCGAGGCGUUGCAGCGUAUCGUGGAUAUUGUUAAACGAAGCGGUGUUAGUAUAGACGAUGUAGAUGCUGAUACAGUAAUGCCCACCACCAAAAAGAAGAUAUUGAAUGAUGAAGAGCAAUAUAAUGAAGACAUAAGAUUUAAUAUCGCUAUCAGAGAGACUUUCCUGAACAGAUUCGUGCAUAUGUUCCUCAUGUAUGAAAACUUUGUCAUAAUGCCAGAUCAGGACCGAGAGUCUUGGCUGUCAGCAAGAGAAUCUAUGGUUAAUUUCGAUAAAGCGUCGUUCUUAUCAGACCAGCCGCAGAGACAUCGACCGUUCCUCUCGCGAUUCCUCGAAACACAAAUGUUCGCCUCGCUCAUCGACAACAAGAUUAUGGGAAAUUGGGGAGAAUAUGACGCAAGUUUGCAAGUCUUUGAACAUCGAAUAAAAACUGUCAGGCGGCGAAUAGGCGAGGGCGGGCUGACGCGCGGCUACAGCGUGUGGGCGGGCGCGGGCGGCGCGGCGCGCGGCACGGGCGCGUCGCUGGAGGUGGGCGCGCCGGCCGAGCGCCUGCCGCACCGCGCCGCCUACUACCGCGCCUUCCCCGCGCGCCUCGACGCGCACGCGCUCGCGCGCCCGCCCGCGGCCGGGACCAGAACAAACAGUCUGAAGCGUAUAAAGAAUGCAAAAUGGCAGGUGAAGGAUUGCCCACCGGAACUGUUACUCGGUGACAUUAGUAGGAGGCUGUCCACGGAUGUUACACCAGCAGCUAUUGCACAAAAUAAUAGGGCAUUCGUUGAGAAAACUCCUGAAGAAGAAUCUGACUUAGGCUUGGGAGCUGAAGUAUCAAUAACUGGUGUUGAAGAAAGCACUAUGAUUGCUUCACUAUGCGAUUUGCUAGAGAGGCUAUGGUCUCAUGGCUUACAACAUAAAAUGGGGAAGUCAGCGCUUUGGAUGCACCUCACAAACUAUCAAGAGCUUGAACAAUGCAGCAACUCUAUUAAACCCAUUGAUCCCAAUUACCUUACACCUGAUCUUUCAUCGGUGGGUGCGGAAGUUGAAGCACACCAAAGCACUAGUUCAGGGAACAGAUCUCGAGACAGUUCUCGAGGUGGAUCGCGGGAUAGUUCACGAGAUCGUCUCAGCAACUCCGGGACUCUUGAAAGGAAAUCUUGCCCACCUCCAAAUCCUCUUCGGCCUUUGCCUGAAAGUUUAACUUUCGAUAUGAGGAAUGUUCAAGCAAUGACAGACAUAAAGACAGAAAUAGGCUACGCUCGUGCCUGGGUUCGAUUAUCCUUGGAAAAGAAAUUACUGUCAAAGCAUCUUCGAGAGCUUUUGGCAGACACCACCUUGUUACGAUCUCAAUACAAAAGAACAGCAUUUCUUCGAUCAGAAGAAGAAAGAGAACAAUUUUUGUAUCAUUUGUUAACUUUGAACGCCGUUGAUUACUUUUGCUUCACCAAUACCUAUCCUACCACAAAACUACCUUACCGAGUGUUAAUUAUGCCGUCGCGGAAAGCUAGUCAAACGACUGCAAACUGUUGGAUCUCAAUAUCGGGAGCAAAUGGCGAAUCCACACCUAAAAUACCUAUCCCUCGGAAUACUAAUGAAUUCGUUUUCCAUCACAAGAACUUGGGAAUACUAUCAACAUUGCGCAUUGGACAUGAUAAUUCUGGUCUAUCGCCGAGGUGGUUAUUAGAUCAAGUGUACGUGAGAAAUGAAGUCACAGGACACACCUACACGUUCCCUUGUAAUCGCUGGCUGGGUACAGGCGUAGACGAUGGUUCUACCGAACGCUUGCUAGUGGCGUCGCGCGUGCGCAGUGGCGCCACGCCGCGCUCGCCCGCGCCGCCCGCGCCCCCCCCGCACACGCCCACCACCACCCAUCUGUCCACGUCUACAAUACAACAUAUGAUAGGUGAUUGUGUAAACGCUAUUGUGAAAUGGCACUACCAAGCGAAGAGAGAAAAGGAUGCCAACUCGCUCAGUGUGCUUCUGUGUGGAGAGAAUGGUCUUGUCAAAUGCUUGGAGCAAGCUUUUCUGUGUGGCUUCAAGUCAGUUCGCCUGUUUGGGAAGAAUCUCUUUAUUUGGGACUAUUUUGCCAAAGUGAAAGACGAAUUUAAAUUGAGUUUGUGCGAUGAACAAACUACUCAGAACAAUAAAAGCUGCGGCAUGGCAUACAACUGCCGCCAAGAUCAAGAACACAGAGCCAUCUGGCGUUGCUACUGUCAUCUCAUGGAUGAGAUUAACUCUGUGGGUCGCACACUUGGGAAGGACGGAAAAUUUCAGCUCUUCAUAUGUCUUAGUCUACGUGAACAUUGGCUACAUCGAAUGUUGGUACCGAUGUCGAUGACGCGCGUCACCAUCGAGAUGUAUGAAGAACAAAGCUUCCUCCGCAAGCGUGGCCUGCUCACAUUCCUCCGACAAAUACUAGAACCACUCGAUGAGUUCGACAUUGUGCUGGAAAACUCACUUACACAAGGCAUUUAA